GUCCAUCUCGCCCAAUCAUUUUCUUCAUCAUCUCUCUCUCUCUCUCUCUCUCUCUCUCUCUCUCUCUCAUCUCUUUCUCUCUCUAAACACACACACACACACACAGUGAUAUAUCAUAUAUGGCUUGUAAUAUUAUUAAAGGCCAUAUGAAAUUGUAGCAGCACUCAUAAUAAAAAUAAAUAAAAUGGGUUUCUUCCAUUCAAAUUUCAUGCUGCAAAUCCCACAUCAAGACCAUGAUUUGAAUCAUCCCUCCGCUACUUCUCUUCCUUCAAUUCUCCCCUCCAAUUGCACCACCCCUCAAGAAUUUCACGGAGUGGCUUCGAUGCUGGGGAAGAGAUCUACGAUGGCGUUCUCGACAGGAAUAAUGGACGGCGGCUGCGAUCACCACCACCAGGAGAUGAACAGCAACGUACACGGCGGCGGCGGCGGAGGUGACGACGAGCUGUCAGAUGAGGAUGGGUCACAGCUGGGUGAGAAGAAGAGGAGGCUGAACAUGGAGCAGGUCAAGACGUUGGAGAAGAAUUCGAGGUGGCUAAUAGGCUCGAGCCGGAGAGGAAAAUGCAGCUGGCUCGAGCGCUCGGCUUGCAGCCGAGGCAGAAUGCUAUCUGGUUCCAGAACAGACGCGCGCACUCACAGGCACGUUUACGGCAAAGCGCCGGAGAAUACGUCGGCGUUACUGUAUUCCGGUGACUACAGCUCUAUUUGCCCGGAGUCAUUGCAUUUUCUAAGCGUCGAUGCAAUCGAUAUGUCGGGGGAGCAUGAAGUUGAUCUUGACACAAAUAUAUGGAAGAUCUUGUGCACCGAUCUCGAAGAGAUUGUGUCUAUAACGCUGCCAAGUGUCGCGUCGUGGUUGCACGUUAUCGAUGCCACGUACGGUCCUCCAAAUGUCGUUUGUCUUGUUGCUCCAUCGAUAACCGGGAGGCCCCUAGGCGAGCAAUGA